AUGACUUUCACGAUAUCUGCCGUCGACUAUGAUGACGCUCAAGGGGUUUCCAAGAACAACAUGACGGCAUUUUACCAUACCGACGCCCACUGGCGAGCUCUUUGGAAGUCGACCACACUAGAAGAAAUCAUUAGAGGUGCCGCUGCUCGAAUGCCGCAUGGUCUUGCAUCAGGCCGCGAAGGAAAGCGUCAUUUGAAAGCCACUGAUGACGACACUGGUGAAAUUAUUGGGUAUGCUCGGUGGAUUCUGCCUGAUGCCAGGAGCACAUUGAAAUGGCCAGAGGCACUUGUCCGAGAACCAACCGACGAUGAAUCAGAAAGUUUCAAGGCCAAGUUCCAAGCCAACACCGAGGAGGGUAUGAUUCCAGGGUUGGAUCGGCGUCUGCAAGAGGCUCUUGGUCUCCCCCUCGAGAAUGCAGAGAUUGAACUCAUGAAAUCCCAAGAAGGACCAUUUCUGGUCCUCGACUAUCUGACAGUGCAUCCGCAAUACAGACGGAAAGGGAUUGCGUCCGCCCUUGUCAAAAAGGGUCUAGAGCAAGCAGAUGCUGUUGGAAUGAAGGUUUGGGUUAUGGCUACCAUGGCCGCGCAGCCGAUGUAUCAGAAGUUAGGUUUCCAGCUUCUCAAAACGGUGGAAACGAAUGUCACUGAGUUUGGGAUCGAAGAACAGCAUCGCAAGUCUUUCUUGAUGAGACGGCAACAGCGAGCCGUGCGUUGA